AUGAGUCGAUCAGCGCAAACUAGGUUCUCGACCAGCUUGAGACAGCUUGCUUCCAAGGCUCCUGGUCUUAUGAAGUCACCGUCCUCUACUAUGCCUGUCAGUCCCAUAUCAGACCUGGGAGCGAAGACAACGUGGGAUUCAUGCGACCCUUACUCUUACACGGGUGGUCGUUGGCUCAACCGCGAUAGGCUACAGCGGACAUCUCGAUUCAUCGAUUUCGAUUUUUCCGAGCUAUGCAACACAGCUAUGAAAUUGUUCCCGCAGGCCAGCAAAGUUGUUGACUGCGUGAAAAAGGAGGGUGGAUUUAACAGAGUAUUUAUCUUUACGUUGGACUCAGGGCACCGUGUAGUUGCGAGGCUCCCAACGAGGAUUGCUGGUCCACCAAGGCUGACAACCAAUUCUGAGGUCGCGACGAUAGAUGCGAACGAAAACAUCAGUUCCGAUCCCAAAAAUUCUGGCGUGGAACGAUAA